CUCUGUGAUGCUGCAGCUCCCGUAGCCUCUCCAGUCUCCAGUAAACAGCAGACAUGGCGACAGUGGUCCAACCGCUCUCUCUGGAUCGAGAUGUUGCCAGGGCGAUCGAGCUGCUGGAGAAGCUGCAGGAGUCGGGUGACGUGCCAGGUCACAAGCUGCAGUCUCUGAAGAAGGUGCUUCAGAGCGAGUUCUGCACAGCUAUCAGAGAGGUGUACCAGUACAUGCAUGAAACAAUUACAGUGAAUGGCUGUCCAGAGUACCAGGCGAGGGCCACAGCCAAGGCUACAGUUGCAGCCUUCGCAGCCAGCGAAGGUCACUCCCACCCACGGGUCGUGGAGCUACCCAAGACGGAGGAAGGGCUGGGCUUCAACGUGAUGGGCGGGAAGGAGCAGAACUCACCGAUCUACAUCUCGCGCAUCAUCCCCGGAGGUGUGGCCGAGAGGCACGGCGGCUUAAAGCGAGGGGAUCAGCUCCUGUCUGUCAACGGCGUGAGUGUUGAAGGCGAGCACCACGAGAAAGCGGUGGAGCUGCUAAAGGCGGCCAAGGACAGCGUGAAGCUGGUGGUCCGCUACACGCCCAAAGUGCUGGAGGAGAUGGAGGCUCGCUUCGAGAAGCUCCGCACGGCCCGGCGGCGCCAGCAGCAGCAGCUCCUCAUGCAGCAGCAGCAGCAGCAGAACCUGUCCUCUCAGCAGAACCACAUGUCGUAGGAUGUUCCAAAAGAAGAAGAAGUGAAGAAGAGAGAGACAAGGUGGAUCUCAAAGACCAUCCGUGUGCGUCGAGGAUCCCAAAAAAAGGAAUCUCUCUUCUCCGUCGUGGAGGAAAAAAACCAACAAGUAGAAGACUCUUUGACUCACUCUCUGUCCCUUCCAGUGUACCACCGAUUACUGAGCAAAAAAAACCCACAGAGAGCCGUCAUGAAACCGGUGCUUUGAAGAACAAGAAUGAGGGAGUUAAGCACUGAAGGUCGUCCGUUUUAACUUCCCUUUUAUAAGUUGUACUCCUGAUUGUGACUCUUACUGAAACUCCUUUUUUUUUGUGUUAGUUGUUUCGUUCACAGGUCCAUUUUCUAAUCGCCAUUUCUGCCAUAGAUAUCAUUUGUACAGUGGUGUUUCUAUUGAUUCCUCAACUGGUGCUUGUGUCUCCGUAUGAAUGACUAUUCCUUUCUUUUCUUUGUGUGUGUAAAAAUCUGUCCUGUUUUGGAUAAACGUGAACUCUUUUUUACCUUCUAUAUUGUAGCAGGAGAGAUUUUGUAUUUUGUAGGUUUAGCAAUAACACACCUUGUUUCGUUUUUUGACAUUUCACUCAUUCAAUCCACGAUCGCAUACAUACACAGAGUUUAUGGCAUCCAGAUGUAAAACACUGUCGAGCAGAACUGGGUCUUAUGUACUGUAAGGCAGCUCCUGCUGAGUCCAAAUGGAAUCUGCUGUGCCAUUUAAUGAGAUUAUUGAUUUACAGGUGGCACCAACGAUUAAUGUGCAAUAACUGCGAUUAUUCACAGACUUUUUAAGCUAACCCCUACUGAGAUUUAUUUAGAAAAUAUAUGUCACCGAGAGAUUUAACGAGCUGAAUGUCAAGUUUUGAACUGACUUUAAUCCAAAUAUACCAGAUUUGUUUAUAUUCCAGAUUGAUCUAUUUAAAAGUUUAUAGCAUCAGAGUUUAACAUAAAGUUUAUUGCUCCUUUUUAAUAUUAUGUAUUAUUUUUAUUAUUACUCAGAUUCUAUUCAUGUAGAUCUAUUCCUUUGCGUUUCUGUUUGGACAAUCAUUUUUCCUCUGUACCUUUACGAGAUCUCUGCUUUUUCAACUUUUCUUUACCAGCACAAAUGCAGAUUUAAAGUGGUCAUCCGCCUGGUCUGUGUUUAUUCUCUAACGCCUCCGUCUUUUGGUGCUAAAUGCUUGUUGUUUUGUUUCGUUUGGUUUGCACUGCACUUCCUCGAGAUCACUCCUGUGUUGAUCUUUCUUCUUGUGUUUUCUGUAGUUUUUUUUUUUGUUUGUUUUUUUGUCUUUGCGUGGGGCUCUUUUGUAUUAUUUGCUCAACCAUGCAGGCUUUACCCCUCAUGCUGUUUCUGUUUAUGUUGAUUCCAGAAAAUUUAAAAAACAUAAAACACACCACUUCCUGUAUGCUAAAAGAGAGACCUUCCAGGCGCUCGCUGCAUGUCAAGAAUGAAAAGCUGUCAUGACGUCAUCGAUUUAUAUUUUCAUGAAUUGCAGAUUAUUUCUUUGGAUUGCUUCAUGGAUACAUUGGUUUAAAAAAAAAAAAAAUGUUUUAUCCUUAUCUAUAAUACAUCUAAUUGCACAAGACCAGCUGAGCAAAAUUAUUUUACAUGCAUAACACAUGCUGAGCUGAGAAAUAUCCUCAAUGACCGGUCAGCACUGAGGUAGCAUGGUUUUGGGUUGCCUCGGUGCUCAGGUUAUAGAAUUUUUUUGUCCCCUUGCUACACUUUACAAGCAGAACAUCCCAACUAAGCAGAUCCCUUUUUGUAUCUUCAAAUCACAGGUACUCUUUCUUAAUUGACAUUUUUGAAGCUGAUGGUCCUGUACUUACCGUAAAGAUUGAAAAAAAAAGACAAACUGUUGAUAUGCAAUUGUUAUACAUACUAUAUUUGUAUAAAUAAAUCUAUGUGCUUGUGUACAGUGAA